AUGCAAAACAACGGUAUUCCAAGAGUGUCAACACUACCAUCAAAACCGGAACUAAGAGAAGAUUUGCAGAUAUCACGUAAGAUUUCCAUGAACGACACCAUGAGGACCCCUCAAAUGAUCAUUGGCGACGGUUCCGUUUUGAAGAUGGAUCAACUUUUGACCUUAGAUUUCGAUGAUCAUCAAUCAAAUGCUUUACUAUUUAUAACAUCUCACCCGUCUAAAUGCGAUGAACACCGUAAAGGGAAACUGCAAUUGCAUCAGCGAAAGACACUAGCACAAAAGCAAAUUGAAAGUCCAGAACUUGAAGAACUUGAGGAGGAACGGGAAAAUUCACAACGACAAGGACUUACUGGAGAAAGUCUAUUGGCUUCAAAUGGACUAGACAAGCUCUUGGAUGCUUUAACGGGUGUCAGUCGUGGGCACAAGAAAAAGUUGCAGAGAGAAGUUUACAAGUUUCAGAAUUCAAUCGAACGCUCGUUAACUUUUGAGGACGAAGUAUUACCUGAACCUGCACCUUCACCACCGAUAGAUCCAGAUAAGAGUUCAAUGCAGCGUGUCAAACUUGAUAUCCGCGGUGCUGUUGAGUCAAUGGUAACGUUACCAGCUCGGCAACUUGCGCCAGAAUUGAAUCCGUUAGGAUUUAGCCCAUUGAAGAUUGACUUGGAUGAAGAUGAUCGUGUAGCAAGUAUAGCUCCCAAGCGGAGCAGAGGUGGGAGACAGACUUUACGUGCGCUAGAACUGGAUAUUGCACAGGUAAAAAAGGAGGAGAAGACAGUAGCUGCGUCUUUUGAUUUCUCGGCAACAGGAAGACUGCAGACCCAAGGUUUUGAGAUUAAUCAGUGCGAAGCACAUGAAAAGAAGUCUGCAUCAACGGCAAAUACAGUCAGUACGAAAGACUACUUGCUGCUGCUUGAGGAACUUGGCCAUGGAGCUGGUGGAAAAGUGUACAAGGCGCUGUAUAUGCCAACGUUCAUGUUGGUUGCUGUAAAGGUCAUUCGUGUCUACGACCAGAAGAAGCGUCAUCAAAUGGUGCGUGAACUCAAGUCAUUAUACGUGAAUUUUGUGCCGCUGGCUACUGCCACUUUGCCGUCUACUUUUGCUGCAACAUCAUCCGUUGCACAAGCAGCAUGCAAAGAGCUUGUAGUCUUUUACGACGCGUACACAAAUCCUGAGGUUGGUUCCGUAUCGAUUGUUUUGGAGUACAUGGAUGGAGGUUCUCUGGAAGAUUAUGUACAGUCUGUUACCGAAGGCGAUGAAGAGAACGCGGGUUGCUUGUCCGAAGAGAAGAUUGCGAAUAUUGCGAUGUGCGGAUUGAAAGGUCUUGCUUUCUUGCAUGAGCAUCACCAGCUACAUCGAGAUAUCAAGCUUAGCAACAUGCUGAUAAACCACCAAGGUCAAGUCAAGAUAUCGGAUUUCGGUAUUUCACGCGACCUCGAGAGUACUUUGGCCAAGGCAACGACAUUCACGGGCACACUUUUGUACAUGGCACCUGAAAGAAUCAGUGGGGGUAUGUACUCGUAUCCUUCCGACCUCUGGUCUUUUGGGCUAGCAAUCAUGGCUUGUGUUAUCGGAAAGCUUCCUGUCCCGACCAGCGACGGCUACUGGGGUGUGGUUCACGCUGUGCAAGAGCAACCUUCACCGCGGCUUCAGGACUAUGGCGACCACUUUUCCCCGGAGUUGUGCGAUUUUCUCGACCAGUGCUUGCACAAAAACCCGCUAUAUCGACCUCCUGCUGCUACCCUCCUUGAGCAUCCGUUCAUUAAGAAGAAUUACUUGCCAAGCGAGCAAGCAACCGUUGAUUUGAGUCGAGGCCGACAGCCUCUAACAACAAAGCUACUUGAGCGCAGUCGCAAAGACAUGAUAAGCAUUGCCGUGAAGGCUCAAAGCUGGUGUCGAGACCAUGUCAAUGCUUUUCGACGACUUUCGUACAUCAAUGAGGGAACGGAGGUACAAAGCACUUCCAGCCGGAGCAAGAUCGAGGCUUUAGCCAAACAGCUGCGCCUACCAGUCGACGAAGUGGCGCCGCACUUUACGUUCCUAGAUGAGUAUUGCAAAUGA